GUAUGUGUUUUCACGUCACUUUAUACAUAUGCUGUUUUUGCAAAAAUAUAUAUUUGAGCCACAUAUAAACUGAUCACCUGUAUGUUUUUUGUUCUACGUGGUUAGUUUUGUGCAUCUUGUGUGUAUCUUUAGUGUUUAAUCCAAAAUAUUAACCUUCAUUUGUGAAAAAUGACGUUAACUUUUUCUGGUUGUUUUUCAAUUGAGUUUUCUUGUUUAUUAAUUGACUUUUAACGUUGAUUCGAUUAUCUUGAAAUGGGGGCAGUUUUGAGUGUUCCUGGCGUCGACAGUUUGGGGUGUCAUACAUUUAAACACAGGGGCAGUGGGAGAGAAACAGUUGCGGAAUGUGUGUCGGUCGAUUUCAGAAGAGUGCUGCGUUCAUCCAAAUUCAGACCAGCAGAAGGUGCAUCUGGAGCAGUUGGGAGCAAGAGUAGCGUGUCAGAAUGGAGGGACACUCUACACGCCCUGGUCGCACUGUACAACACAUGUCUGCCCAACAUCACCCCAGAACUACUCUACUCCACUGUCUGUUCCAAGGGAGCCAGGACUCUGAUGUUAGUGAUGUCGCCAGAAGAGGCACUUGAGGACGUCUGUUUCCGCUAUGGAGCCCGCAGCCGCCUCGAACACAUCACUCUGGGGGAGUCCAACACCGUCUGCAGCUCCUCGUCUGUCGCCAGUCCCUUCUCCACCGCUAUGGGAGUCGACAGUGACUACUCUGUGGACUUGUCGAAUGGUGCAAACAUCGGAGGAGCUAAGGGUGACACAGGUUUGCAGGCCGGCUUUUUUAGUGCUACCGUAGAAAGAUCGAAUCCCGGACCUGGAGAUUCCAAAACUCGGAUUCGGCAAAAAGAUAAUGCAGAAGGAGACAGGGAUCCACUGACAGUCGCUGGUAGUUCGAGGAGUAGUCAACAUCCAGAGGCGAUCCCAGAUGAUGCGGACAGUCGAAGAAAAGAUGAAAGUACUGAGGUUCCAAAAGUGGAUGGAUGUGGCAGCGGAUGGCACCAAGUAGAAUACACGGAAGAGGAGGAAGAGGCCGCUCAACAGGUGUGUCCAAACUGCAGAAAGAGCAAGUAUUCCAAUGUGUACAGCGACGAAGAAGAGAGUGAAGACAGCCAAUCAGAGGGUGUCACGACAUCAGAUGAGGACGAGGGCGACAGCAGUGACGACGAAGAACAAUACAUGGUUGGAGCGGACGAGUUCCUAGAACAAGUCCAUAAGAGGAAAAAGUUACGCAACCACAAUGUAGAUAAACGACUAGGAUCGAGAGGAAUAUUCGAGAACAAAAGAGAUUCGAUGAUGAAGAAAUGGCCUCCAUAA